GGCUGCGGCGGCGGCGGUGGCGCAGAGUGCGAUGGUGCCCGGGCCUAGCACGGACGAUGCGCUCAGGCGGCUGGCGGGCAUGCUACAGCUCGCCAGCGGUGAGGGCCUAACCCUGGGCUACGUCGCUGCAGGCGCUGCAGCCGCCUACCUCCGCUUCUACGCCCACCCCGCCGGCCCCGCGCCCUCUUCUUCCUCCUCUUCUAGCAACCCCGGGGCCAUGGGCGGCGGUGCUUCUAGCCGGGGGGCCGCUGCCUCCUCCUCCUCCGCGUCCCCGCACCCGCCUCCCUCCGAGCUGCUGAGCCCCGCUCGCCUGGCCUCGCUGGUGCGGCUGCUCAAGUACCACCCGGCCACCUCGGGCAGCCCGGCGCUGGAGGCACUGGAGGGGGCGCCGGCGAGGACCGGCCUGUUCGACGGCGUAGUCUCCCUGGCCGCCCUGCUCCUUAGCUACGGGCCCGCUAGCGACACGGGCUGUGCCGUACUGGCAGGCGGCCUGGGCGGCGCAGUGGUAUCGCUCAUGGCAGCAGGAGGGCGGAGUGGGGGGAUGUACGGCACCGGCACGUACGGCGGUGGAGCCGGCGGUACGACCAUGGGAGGAGGCGGCGGAGGAGCUCCAGGGGGGCUUUUGGAGUUGAGUCCGCGGGGGGUGGUGGCGCUCAUGGAGGCGGUACACCAUGCGGCGGCGCCGGAGGCAGAGGGUCCGCAGGUUCUGUCCUCCCCCCCGCUGCUGUCCUUCCUGCUGCUGCUGCUGGGGGAGCGGCACCAGGGGGCUCUGGGCGCCUGGCCUCCCUCCGCGGGGGGCGGCCGGCCGGGCUGCUUCCAGGCGUGCGUGCAUGCGGUGGACCUGGUGGGGCGCCCGCUGACACCGCUGCCGGGCGGCGAGGGUGUGGAGCCCUCCGCCUACCAGGACAUGCUGGCCGCGGAGAACGUCAUGGGGCACCUGGUCCGUGUGCUCGACAGCCUGGAGAGCGAGGAGCUGCUGCUGCCCGUCAACCUGGCGUCGCGACUGGUGCUGUCGAACACGGCGUUCGCGCAGCAGUUCAUUGCGGCAGGCGGUCUGGCGCCCGCCACGCUGUCCCGCUGCCUGUCCGAGUCCUCCCCCCCGCCGGUGCUGGUGGACGUGUUGCUCAUCGUGAGCCAGCUGGCGCGACUCAACAAGGACUCCUUCAACACAUACGAACACCUGGCCAGGGCAAACAUCUACUCCCAGAUACGGAGGUUGCUGACUCACCCCGACGCUGCCGUACGCUCUCGCGUGUGCAACCUGGUGGGCAACAUGUGCCGCCACUCCGCCUACUUCUACGGCGCGCUGGAGCGGCACGGACUGCUGCCGCCGCUCAUAGACCGAUGCGCUGACCCGGACAAGACCACCCGCAAGUUUGCAUGCUUUGCGAUCGGGAAUGCGGGUUUCCACAACGCCUCGCUGUACGGCGCCCUGGAGCCCGCCAUCAGUCCCCUGGUGGCCCUGCUGCGGGACGAGGAGGACAAGACCCGCGCCAACGCCGCGGGCGCCCUGGGCAACCUGGUUCGCAACUCCUCCGCGCUGUGCGGCGAGCUCAUCCGCGCGGGGGCGCUGCGAGCGCUGCUGGACACCGCUCUCAGUCCGGAGCGACCCGCGGGUCCGGCUGGAGGCAAGGGCGGCGCGGGCGGGGGAGCGGACGCCGGCGGGUCACCGGUGAAGAUUGCGCUGUUCAGUUUGGGCAACAUGUGCGCACAUCGGGAGUGCCGAGAGACGCUGAUUGCGCUGGGGGUGCAGGACGUCAUUCGCCGCCUCUCCACCAACCCCGACCCCACGCAGCAGAAGUACCUGCAGCGGAUACAGCAGAAGCUGCAGGCGGGAGUGCAGGCGGGCGGGGGGGCGCAGGGGGCGGCAGGGGCAGGGG